AUGCCACCCCGCAAAUCGAAAAAAAAGCAAACGCGACUUGCCUUUGCUGCUGCAACCGCAUCGCCUUCAGCGGAUGUGAGUCCGGAGCAAGCCAACCGAUACGCCACACUCAAAUAUGAAAACCCAAGCUUGGGUACAUACCGUCCUCCAAAGUCUCUCAAAUUCAAGUCGGAGCCUUCGCCCGAGACAGAACAGCCGAAGCUCCCCACUAAAACGAGGUCCAAUGAUAAACCCCCAAAAGACAAAUCGGAGAAUGAACCCUUACAUAGACCUAUCCUCCUCGCCUCCCAUAAGGAAAUGCAAGCCGCGCCACCCGACAAUCUUGAAGUGGUGGUCCUCAGCCCACCAAGGCCGAGGACCACACUCAAGCGAAAGGCCGCAAGCUCGCCGAUUGACUCUAGCGACUCAGAUGAGCCCGUGGCGUCCUCAGUCACGAAACGGCGCAGGUCUACCCGAGGUGGCCAUUUUUCAAGCUCCCCUGUUCUACUCAGCGACGAUGAUUCAAACGAGUCAGUGGCUCCUUCGACGGUCAAGAGGCGCAGGCUAUCAAGGCCAGCUGCAGUCAACGAAAGCGACGAUGACUCGGAUGAACCAUUAGCCUCCUCACCAGUGAAGAGGCUUCGACGUGGACAGGAGAAAGAGACAUCCCCGUCUCCUCACACGCCCCGCCAAAUCUCUAAACAGGCCAGACUCGAUAUCGCGGAAGAUUUAGAAGACCUUCAGGAUUCAGUCGUUAAGAAAAGUCGAACUCGCGGCCGGAAUGUUGAAUCUGCCCGAGACAAGAGAAUGAAGCACCUUGAAGCCCUUCGCCGUAGACGGGCUGGUGUGAAGGAUGAGGAUGAGGAUGAAGAAGAUGACGAUGAUGACGAAGAUGAAUAUGAUUCGGAUGUGCAGGAGAUUGCACGUCCCGGCAGCGGUGCCGGCCCCUCUAGUCGUGGUCUCCGGCGUCAUCACGACGAUGACAGCGACGUAGAAUCAGCCAUCGACCCCAAUGAGAACCUUGAUCGGUACGAAGACGACUUUGUCCUAGAAGACGAACAUGAAUUCGGUGUUCCCACCGAGGAGAUCCCCUUCGAGUUCACCCGACACGCAUAUAAGCAGCCAAAGGAAUACUUCCGCGAUGUUAUCGGCUGGAUGGUGCAAAACAAACUUAACCCGGCCUUCCCUCGCUCAGAUGACAUGUACAAGAUGGCAUUCAUGAAGCUUGAAGAUGAAGUCAAGGGACGGGCUGGUUCACAGCUGAUCUCCUCCGUUUGGAACCCUAGUUUUGUCUAUGCCCUCCAGGCCCGGCCACACAUCGAGAUCGCUGCCUUCCUCACGGAGGAGAACCAUCCCUGCGAUGCUUGCAGGCGCUCUGGGCAUCCCGCUUCUAGCGACAUAAAGCUCUACGGGAAGGCGUAUUCCUUACGGACGUUGGAGCCGCUGGAAGAUGAUAAUGAUGACAGUGACGACAGUGACGACAGGGAGGGUUCUAGUAAUGAAGACGAUGGAAAGGAACGGGACCGGGAUGGCCAUGUCAUUCCACCUGAGAAUGUCCGGUAUUUUCUGGGAAAACAAUGCAAGGCGAGAGCCCAGCUCGCCCACACCCUCACGCAUUGGCGCUACCAUCUCAAUGAAUGGGUCAUUGACUUCCUCGAACGUACGGGCCAUAUGGAAUCUGACGAGAUCCUCCGGCGAAAUGAUAUGAGCGUCAAGCGGAGAACACGAAAUGCAAAUGAUGUCCUCGACAGCAUGACUGGAAGUGGUGAAGUUGAUAAGCUUUGGCGUGACUUCCACAUUAAUCUCAAGUCUGCCCGCGAGAAAGAGUUUUAUGAUGUCGCUUUCCUUUUGCAAACUUUCUCCGGCGCUUAA